UUCUUGAAAGCGAGCAUGUAUUCGCCUGUGUGUAUGUGUUUGUGUAUGUGUGUGAGAAUGUGAAUGUGAAUGUGAGAGUGAGUGCUGUGUGCGUGUCUGAAUGUGAACAAGUUGAGUAAACAGCCUGGCUGUAGAUCUCGUGCUUUUUCUACAAUUGUUCUUAAGCUAAGGAGGAAAAACUCGAAACUAUUAUGAUUUAUUAAUUUGUGACCUGGGAUACGAGCUACCAGGACCGGCUACGUCGCUAACAAGAUGAACGCACAAUAACAUACUCUGUUUUAUUUAAAAUCCAGCCUGUCACAAAUAACGGAUUUUGGUCGCUAUCAUGUCAAGACAUUGACCUGGACAGAGUUAGUCUUCAGUCGGAUGCUGAGGGCUGAUUUUCGUCUUCAAAAGAAGUUUACUGUGUCAUCUGUGCGUGUGCGCGCGCGCGUGCGAGUGUGUGAAUCUGUGUGACUGUUUUCUUUAGAAAGUUAAGUGCCUUUUAAUGUACAAAUCGCUGUAUAUUUCAAUGAAUGCACUGUAGUUGUCGCAUGGCUUCAAACCAGCGGAAAUUCUGUAACAGAAAUUGGUGAAGAUAGUUCAGCCAUAUUUGUCAAAGUUCAGGAUGUUGAAGACUUUGACCAAGAAGCUAAGAAGACAUUCACUUAACGAGAUACAUCCCUUUCAAUUCAAGAUUUCUUACCAUGGCAGUGGGGAGGGAGCAGAGAGUGACGAUUCUGAGGGGGAGAACCAGGAGCUUGCACAGAUUGACCGAGAGAGGCGGCGGAACUGCGGCUUGACACCUCUGGCCACCAGCCAGCAACACAACCAGGGGCCUCCCUCACCGGCACGCGUCCGUCGCCUACGCCUCCUUCUAGAUCCCAAUCUCGACCGUCACUCAUCUGAAGAAGAGCUGGAGCGAAUCAGCCGUGGCGUUGGAGAUGGCAGGAAGUGGACGCUGUGCCAUGGCGACUACCACAGCAGUGCCUCCAGCGAUGAGGAAGUGCGGGAAUUGUGCGGCUGUGGCCCAGUUGCAACAGCCUUGGAGCCAGGGACUUGCCUGGCGGCCUCCCCCAGCCCAGUGCUCUUUAGCUCCAGUCCACCUCGCAGCCUCAAGCCCCCACCCCCCAUACGGCUUCAGUUCCAGGUGGUGCCGCCCGCUGCCAGGCCCAUAAUCUUGACCCACUUUGACCAGUCAGCGGCCCCCUAUAGGAGAAACAGGCACAGCUACAGUGGGGAGUUGGGUAGGCCGAGUCUGGACCUGGAGAAAAUGCAACAGAAAAUGCUCUUGAAAAAGAAUAGUGGUGGAAAAACAAGGACCAUAAAGAUACGGAACUUGACUGGUACUCGCCCUCCUCCCAGGUAUGCCUACGAUCCCUCAAUUUAUGCCUUCCGGUCCCUCAGCACGGCCCCUCCUUGCAGUCCACUGACUCCCUCCGAAGACCCCCCAUGUGUAUGAGGGGAUGAUCCCCCCCCCCGACACACACAAACGUACAUACAUACCUACACACGUGUAUUUACUUGAUAGAACUAUAACUUGUCUCAGCUUCAAAGUCUGAUGAGGAGAAUGAGUAAUACAAUAAUAGUAAUGACUGCUUAAGACUACUUGACAAAGCCAUGUUUAAAGGUUCAUAUAGUACUCUCAGGUAAUCCUGCUUUGUCAAGUAAUUCUGUUGCUCAGACAACUGUUCACACACACGGAACCGUCUAAGACACCAACAAUGGGUAGAUCUUUACCUUGAUUUUGUAAGAUAAUGACAAUGAGACAGGCAGACUGUAGGCCCUGAUAAAUGACAAGGCUAAAACAAAAGUCGCUUUAAAAACACUGCUUUACUGGACAUUUCAGGAAUUUCAUAAACAACCUGUUCCCUUUUAGACCCCUUUUCAGCGGAUUGCUAUUCUUAAAGUGGACUAUAAAAAAGAUUUUCAAGGGAAAACGAAAGCAUUCGAAACACCUACAAAGGAAGACAAUCAAAGGUAAAAACUUAGGGCAUCUAGACUGGACAACAACUCAUUGUGACAUCUGUAACCAAGAGCUUUUUGACACUUUGCAAGCUGUACACCAGCAAAAUAUAAACCAACAUUAUCCACCUGACAAUGUCCUGGUACACAUGAAUAGGCUUUGGUGACAAAGGGCCUCCCUGGAACACGGAGUCAUUUGAAAGUAAAGUAGAUCUUAUCUGUUUUUUUUGCUGUGCUAUUUGAAUUGUCAAGGUCUUGAGAUACUGCAAAAUGUAUAUUCAUUGUUUUGGGGUAACUAACAAAAGUGUGACCAGCAAACCUGAUGAUGAUAUGGUGCAUUUUAUCUUAGAGAAAGAGGUUGAAAUCAAAUACCUUUGUUCUCUUUUCCUGCAUGAAUUUCACUGUGCUAUGGUGCAGAAAAGACAAGUAUGUGAGCAUGUAAGAAAGAAGUAUAAGAAAUGUAGUAGAAUGUGAUGUCUUACUAUCAUUUCGGUGCUGUCAUGACUUUGUGUAAUACGCAACAGUAUGCUACGGAGUUGGAAACUGAGACAACCAACCUUCAUCUUAAGUCUCUCAUCUUUAUGCCUCUGAAUGACAUUCCUAUCAUAUUGAUUAUGCUACACAUGAGACUAGUCUUGACUGUAGGGUCUGAGGACAGUUUUGAAAAACUAUUUAUGCAUAUGAAUGUAUCCCAAGGACAUGUUGAGAUCAAAACAGUGUUGUCACCGUAACAAAGCUCUGCUAGAAUGAAUGUAGUGCUGCGCUGUGACUUUUGUGUCUCUUGCAUAACAUCUGAACAAAUAAACGCCCUGUGGCCUCGAUUCUUA